UAUAAAUGGUUGAAUCAAAAUAAUUCCUUCUUAAGUUCCAUUUCUGUCAGAGGGUAAUAUGAAUGUUCUACCAUGUUCCAUCAACGCACUAAAGGGGUUAUACGAGAUAUCCGGCGUGGAAGUAGGCCAACAUUUCUAUUGGCAAAUAGGGGGUUUCCAAGUGCAUGCCCAAGUACUUAUAACUUCCUGGGUCGUAAUUGCUAUCUUAUUAGGUUCAGCCGCUAUAGCCGUUCGGAAUCCACAAACUAUCCCGACCGACGGUCAGAAUUUUUUCGAAUAUGUUCUUGAAUUCAUUCGAGACGUGAGCAAAACUCAAAUUGGAGAAGAAGAAUAUGGUCCUUGGGUUCCUUUUAUUGGAACUCUGUUCCUAUUUAUUUUUGUUUCUAACUGGUCAGGUGCUCUUUUACCUUGGAGAAUCAUACAGUUACCUCAUGGGGAGUUAGCUGCACCCACGAAUGAUAUAAAUACUACUGUUGCUUUAGCUUUACCCACGUCAGUGGCAUAUUUCUAUGCAGGCCUUACUAAAAAGGGAUUGGGUUAUUUCGGUAAAUAUAUUCAACCAACUCCAAUACUUUUACCAAUUAAUGUCUUAGAAGAUUUCACAAAACCUUUAUCACUUAGUUUUCGACUUUUCGGGAAUAUAUUGGCCGAUGAAUUAGUAGUUGUUGUUCUUGUUUCUUUAGUACCUUUAGUGAUUCCUAUACCUGUGAUGUUCCUCGGAUUAUUCACAAGCGGUAUUCAAGCUCUCAUUUUUGCAACCUUAGCCGCGGCUUAUAUAGGUGAAUCCAUGGAAGGUCAUCAUUGAGUACAAAUAAGAAAUAAGAAAAUAAUGCUUUGUUUGAAUUUCAAAGUUCAAACAGUCGCUUUUUCUUUUUUCAUUUCAAUCAAUUCAAAAUUAAGCCCAUGAAUCUUAUUCCAAUAAAUAAUUCAUGGGUAGCUCAAGAUACCCGCUUGAGGAAAUGAUUGAUAUAUCAAUCUAUAUUUAUGAUAUGUAUGAUAUAGAGUAGGAACAGAUAUAUAUGUACGAUAUUAAUAUUUAUUAUAUUACGUAUUACACUACGGAAUUGUAAAAAAAAGGGGGAGAUUCCCAAUUUUUCCUAAGAUCCCCCUUUUUUCCUAUUCAUGUCAUACAUCGCCUUUAUUUGCCCAGUCAAUUACGAAGAUUCAUAAUUUGGAUAAUAAAUAAUUGUUAUCCGUUUGGGACGCGCGACGAAACAACAAGAACUAUGUUCUGCGGAACCGUUGCUAUUUCAUUCCAUUCUAUUCAACAAUUGACCAAAAUUGGAAUUAAGAGGAGUUGGAUCAAUCAAUCAAAUCUUGAUAUGGGAUGAUUCGCUUUGAUGAAUCUCUUCGUUUGUAUCCAUGUGAGAUAAUGACAAAGACAAGAAAGAGUUCACGAAUCAGAUGAAAAAUUCAGUAGGUUAGGUGGGCCGA